CCAAUACCAGAAAACAUUGUUGCUAUCAUAUUCCUAUUAUCUGUCUUUUCCAAAUUCUCCAAUGAGUUCUUGCUUCUAACUUCUAUGUCUUUCAACCUUCACUUUCUUUCUUUAUUUCAAAACAAAACAACACAUCCUUUGCAACAAAACACGCAUUCCCUUGUUUCUGUUGUUUGGUUUUGGAAAUCUCAGCUAAGAAACACACUACAAAGGUAGUGGUUGGUUGGUUUCUUCACUGUGUGUGUGAUUUAGUAGCUCUAAAAAAAAAAAGAAUCUUUAUAGGUUUUUUUUUGGCCCUUCUUUUUUGUUCCACGUCUUGGUUUGGUGGUAACUUGUGGCUGACAAGAUAACAACAAGUAUCAAUUUUUAUGUUUGGAAUUAGAAACUCUUAAUGAUUCUUUGAUUCUUUUAAAGGCGUGUGUGAAUUUGAAUUUCAUAUUCUAUAGUGUUGUUAGUGUUCUAAACUCUGAAGCUUGGAUAAGAUAGCAUCUUAUUCAAGCAUGUUUCUUUUUCUAUUCACCUUGAAAAUUUAGUUGUUUUUUCAAGAAUUACAAGGUGGUUUUUCUUCACUAAUCACUACUUUAUUUAUUGAGCUUCCAUCACAACUUGUGUGUGAAGAAGAUUCUUUGGAUUUGUAGUUAAGUUCUUGUGUUGGUUACUAUUGUGGAUGAGUUUGUUACAUGUAAUUGGUUUUGGUCUAAAAGUUGGGCAUCUACUUUUAGUGCUAUGUUGUUGGAUUGUAUCUGUAAUUUAUAUCAACUGGUUCGUUAGUAUGGACAAUACAAAGAUGGGAUUUUCAGGAGAUGGUGGAAAGAUGUGGCUUAAAUGGUGGGAGAAGAUCUUAGGAAGUACAUGUAAAAUUCAUCAACAGUAUUAUCAGUGUAUUGGGUCUAAGAGAGUUAGGAGAGUUUUGUGGAGGAAAUUGUUGUUGGCAUGGGUUUUGAUUUGGUUUAUAGUGUCUUUGUGGAUCUUUUGUUUUAUGAAUUUACAAGUUACUGAGAAGAGGAAAGAGACUUUAGCUAGUAUGUGUGAUGAAAGAGCUAGGAUGUUACAAGAUCAGUUUAAUGUUAGUAUGAAUCAUAUUCAAGCUAUGUCUAUUCUCAUCUCAACUUUUCAUCAUGCCAAAACUCCUUCUGCCAUUGAUCAGAAAACUUUUGCAAAGUAUACAGAAAGAACUGCUUUUGAGAGGCCACUUACAAGUGGCGUUGCAUAUGCUGUAAGAGUGCUUCAAUCCGAAAGGGAACAAUUUGAGAAGCAACAAGGGUGGAGUAUUAAGAGGAUGGAUACUUUGGAACAGAAUCCGGUUCAUGAGGAUGAUUAUGUCGCAGAUGCAUUGGAACCAUCCCCUAUUCAUGAAGAAUAUGCUCCUGUUAUCUUUGCACAGGAUACAAUUUCACACGUCAUAUCUAUCGACGUGCUUUCUGGGAAGGAAGACCGUGAAAAUGUGUUGCGUGCAAGAGAAUCAGGCAAAGGGGUUUUAACCGCUCCUUUCAGGUUGUUGAAAACAAAUCGUUUAGGGGUUAUCCUCACAUUUGCUGUUUAUAAGAGAGAUCUUCCAUCAAAUGCUACCCCAAAUGAAAGGAUUCAAGCAACUGAUGGGUAUCUUGGUGGAGUGUUUGAAAUAGAGUCAUUAGUGGAGAAAUUGCUUCAGCAACUUGCUAGCAAGCAAACCGUUCUCGUUAAUGUGUAUGAUACAACAAAUCGCACACAACCAAUUCCUAUGUAUGGUUCUGAUGUAUCAGGUGAUGAGUUCUAUCAUGUGAGCUUUCUUAACUUUGGAGAUCCUUUCAGGAAACAUGAGAUGCACUGCAGGUUCAAACAGAAACCACCAUGGCCAUGGAUGGCAAUGGGUACAUCGAUCGGAAUUCUUGUUAUUGCACUCCUUGUUGGACAUAUAUUUCACGUAACUGUGAAUCGAAUUGCUAAUGUAGAAGAUGAUUACCUCAAGAUGAUUGAACUUAAGAGACGAGCCGAGGCAGCUGAUGUUGCUAAAUCCCAAGUAUGUGAUUUUUUGCUGUCACUUUUAAGUUUUUAUUUAUUCAAGCUUCAGUUAAACCAAUCAUAUAAGCUGAAUCAAUUAUCAACACUGCAGUUCCUUGCUACUGUUUCGCACGAGAUCAGAACUCCAAUGAAUGGUGUUUUAGGGAUGAUGAAUAUGCUAAUGGACACUGAUCUAGAUGUAACACAACAAGAAUAUGUCAGAACGGCGCAAGGCAGUGGAAAAGCUCUAGUGUCAAUUAUAAAUGAAGUCUUGGACCAGGCAAAGAUUGAAUCUGGUAAACUAGAGCUUGAGGCUGUGCUGUUCGAUAUACGAGCAAUUAUGGAUGAUGUGUUAUCACUAUUUUCUGAGAAAUCUCAAGGAAAAGGAGUAGAGUUAGCAGUUUACGUCUCGGAUCAGGUUCCUCGACAGCUUAUAGGUGAUCCAGGACGGUUUCGACAAAUAAUUACGAAUCUCAUGGGUAACUCAAUUAAGUUCACCGACAAAGGGCAUAUCUUCGUCACUAUCUAUCUUGUUGAAGAGGUUUUCCAUUCAAUAGAAGUUGAGAGGGAAUCCACUUCAAAAGAUACAAAAGAUACGUUGAGUGGUUUCCCAAUUGCUGAUGCUCGCCGGAGCUGGGAAGGAUUCCAAGCUUUUAGUCAUGAAGGACCUCUUGGUUCUUUCUCAUCCUCCUCCAACGAUUUCAUCAAUUUGAUUGUAUCGGUUGAGGAUACAGGCGACGGUAUUCCUCUAGAGUCUCAGCCGAAAAUAUUCACUCCGUUCAUGCAGGUAGGUCCAUCUAUCUCAAGAAAACACGGGGGAACCGGUAUUGGUUUAAGCAUUAGCAAGUGUUUGGUUGGCCUUAUGAAUGGAGAAAUCGGAUUUGUGAGUGAACCGAAGAUUGGAAGCACUUUCACAUUUACUGCUGUUUUCACCAAUGCAUGUCCUAAUUCAAAUGAGUUGAAUAAGACUCAGCAAAUCAACAACCAACCUCAUCCUGCAUCCUCAGAGUUUCUUGGUAUGGCUGCACUAGUUAUUGAUCCGAGACCUGUUCGAGCUGAAGUGUCAAGAUAUCACAUCCAAAGGCUCGGCGUUCAAGUCGAAAUAGUUUCAGAUUUGAAACAAGGUUUGUCCGCCGUAACCGAUGGGAAUGUAGCUAUCAAUAUGGUCCUGAUUGAACAAGAGGUUUGGGAAAGAGACUCAACCAUGUCAUCACACUUUGUGAAUAACAUUAGGAAAAUUGCUGAAGUUGAUAAAGGAAUUCCUCCAAAACUAUUCAUUCUUGUUAAUUCUAGUAGUUCUUUUAAAGCUAGUUCUGCGACAUCGUGUGUUUAUAAUCCAACGGUCGUCACAAAACCUUUGAGAGCAAGUAUGCUAGCUGCUUCACUACAAAGAGCAAUGGGUGUUGGGAACAAAGGGAAUCCUCGAAACGGAGAACAUCAAGCUUUGUCUCUCAACCAUCUUCUCUCUGGGCGAAAGAUUCUUAUUGUAGAUGAUAAUAGUGUGAAUCGUACGGUAGCUGCUGGCGCUUUAAAAAAAUAUGGAGCUGGUGUGGUUUGCGUAAGCAGUGGAAUCGAAGCCAUCACUAUGCUGACGCCACCCCAUGAGUUUGACGCGUGUUUUAUGGAUAUUCAAAUGCCUGAAAUGGAUGGGUUUGAAGCUACAAAAAAAAUUCGAGACAAAGAAUUGUCUGUUCAUCUACCGAUUUUGGCUAUGACCGCAGACGUAAUCCAGGCUACGCACGAGCAAUGUUUAAAGCAUGGAAUGGAUGGAUAUGUUUCAAAACCAUUUGAAGCAGAACAACUUUAUAGAGAGGUUUCAAAGUUUUUCCAAUCAUCUUGAGAAAGAAUAUAAAAAGCUGUUAUAAACCAAACAAUGGAAGGAUCAGCGUCCUCGUUAGGUCGUAGAUGUGAAUAUAUAGGUUCAGAAAUCUCUGCAGUUCAUAGAAAUGUACAUAGGAGAAAAAGUCUCAUUGAUUCUUGUAGGUCAUCUAAAUUCACUCUGUUCCAUGGUAACUGCAAAUUGGAAGUGAAUGAGAGGGAAUUAGUAAUAUUUUGUCUCAUGAUAUUGUACAUGUAAUAUUAGUACUCACAUACAUUACUCUAAUAACCUUAGUUUAUUAUGUGUAUUGAUGUAUAUGAUUAUAUGUAUAUUGAGAUUGAUUGAAUCCAUUUAGAGAAAGAAAUUAGGUUGUUGGUGACAAUAGGUGAUGAAGUGAAACAUACACUAUAGUCCAUGUGAAUUGCAAUAAUCAAGGUAGUUCAUGACUGGCCCUACCAGCUUUGCUUCCUUUGGCUUUCAGACAUGUAAAUGACAGUUGUAAUAUUUGAGUGAUCCACAAUUUUUUUGGCCCA